AUGGCACUGAGCUACUACUCAAAUUGGGAGGCACCGCAGCAUCUCAACUCAGAUAUCAGCUGCUCCUUUGCACAAACGCAGACGGAACUGGAACCUGAGCUGCUCGAUUUUAACAAUGAUUUCGUGCUUACUGACGCCUGCAUUGAUCCUCUCUUCCAGCCCAAUGACACAUUUUACCCCAUCAAUUAUAAUACUCUAAUUCCUGAUCCUCCCAACACUCCAAGGAUAGAACCUAUUCUUCUCGAAGAGUAUGAAUCCUACAACUACUCCAAACGUCAAAAGUCUUACAAUUACCAAGACUAUUAUUCGGAGUAUCCGAACGGUUUAUUCUGCGGGUAUCCAAACCCUAGCAUGCUCCAAGAUUUUUCUUCGCCAGAAGUUAUGGUGCCGCCGUUUUCUGAUUUUUCAACUGCUCCACCAGUUUACAGAAGUGGAAGUUCUGAAAGUGUAGGGAAGAAGCCUAAUGGUGGAAGCUUAUCGGCACAGAGCAUUGCUGCAAGGCAGAGGAGGAGGAAAAUCACCGAGAAAACUCAGGAGCUUGGGAAACUUAUUCCUGGUGGCCAGAAAAUGAACACUGCUGAAAUGUUCCAAGCUGCGUACAAAUACAUCAACUACUUGCAGGCCCAAGUCGGAAUUCUUGAAUUCAUGGGAUCGAAGCAGGAAACGUUUUCUGGUGAAGAAUUGCAUAAUCUUCUCGAAUCGCCAUUAAUCCAAGAAAAGUUGUACUCGACAGAUAAAUGCUUGGUUCCACAAAAGUUUGUACAAGCCCUAGCAAAUGAUCAUGAAAUUCAGCCAAAACUUCAGGUUCUGAAAGAACUUAAGCAGCUGACAUGA